UUAAUGCAAUUUAUUAUUUCAGGUUCUCCCCUGAAACAAUAUGCAUUACCCCUACUGUGUGAUAUGGCUCAUGCGUCGCGCAACUCAAGGGAGCAGUUGAGGGCCCAUGGUGGGUUGGAUGUGUACUUGAGCCUGCUUGAUGAUGAACUAUGGUCUGUAACGGCAUUAGAUUCGAUUGCUGUUUGCUUGGCUCAUGACAAUGACAACCGCAAAGUUGAACAGGCAUUGCUGAAGAAGGAUGCAAUUCAGAAGCUGGUGAAAUUUUUCCAGUCCUGUCCAGAGCAACAUUUUGUUCACAUAUUGGAGCCUUUCUUGAAAAUUAUCACGAAAUCUUCUAGAAUAAACACAACAUUAGCUGUUAAUGGUUUGACACCAUUGCUUAUUUCAAGGCUGGACCAUCAGGAUGCUAUAGCCCGUCUUAACCUUCUUAAACUUAUCAAGGCUGUUUAUGAGCACCAUCCACGUCCGAAACAAUUGAUUGUGGAGAAUGAUCUACCUCACAAGCUCCAAAAUCUGAUUGAGGAACGCAGAGAUGGACAACGCUCUGGAGGCCAAGUAUUAGUAAAACAAAUGGCAACUUCGCUGCUCAAAGCUCUGCAUAUCAAUACCGUCCUGUAAAUUCAUGUCUCUUAAAUUUCAUAUCCCUUUGUGUAUCGAUUCUUUAGAAAUGAAGGUUUGUUUCAUUUUUUUUUUUUGGGGGGGUUCCUUUCGUCCUUUUCUAUCGCCAAGAUAUUAUAGAGAAGGGAUAUGGAAUUGGUGCUGGCUUUUCUUGAAUCUCAGGGUAUGCUUUGUCUCUUUUUUUUUUUGGCUACAGUGGUUGCUUUCAGCUUGUAGUUUCUUCUCUCUUCCCUCUCUGUUCUUUUUCUUUAGGGUUUUGUUUUUAUUGUUUAUGGGAGAUAAUUCCCAAGUUUUGGCUUAGCUCUUUUUGUAAUCAAAUAUUUGGUAGUGAUAUAUAAUGAUAUAAUGAUUUGUUAUAA